GUGUGACACGGUCAAGGACGAGGAAAAAUGUCUAAACUAACAGAGAUUGUCUAUUGUGGGAUAAUUUUACUUUUGGAAUGCUGGUUUUCUUCGAGCUGCAGCGACAAAGGUUUGAAUUUGAGAAUAGCUCAGAUAAUUAAGGUAUUAAGUCACCAUUUUAGCGAAAAUAGUGUUCCGAGAUAACAUGGCACAUGGCCCGGAAUCUGCUCGCUAAUGUUAAACCGACCGGAGCUUCUAACUUAAGUACUUCACAGUAAACGGGUUCGAAUUCUUGUUGCAUUGAUUUAUAAAUGAAAUCUAGCUAAGUUUUCACAGAACAAUGUUAAUUAUAUAGAAUUUAAAUGAUACAGCCAUCUUUCUUUUCGCGUUUUGCACAGCAUGAGGCUAACAUUGGCUACGUGAUUAAGACCAUUUGUUGGUUUUGCGUUACUAUCCUUCCUUAUACUAGAGAAUGAUUUUUCUAAUCCACCUUUUCAAAAUGCUAAGAGCAAAAUAAAGUUCACGGAGUUUAACCAUUUAUUAAAAAUUUCACGAACGCACUAUUCAAGAUAUCAACGAUUUCGAAAUCUCAUAACUUUUGAAUCAAGGUCGGAUCCUAGAAAAAUAUUUCUUAUUUUACCAGAAGUCAUAAAUGCCAAAAUGAAUUAUUGUCAAAUAAUGGUUGGCAAAGGUUAAUUUAUUUUUCGUCUAAGCCUAUAGCUACUGAUCAUUAUGCAACAACUAGACGGUAUGAUCCAUGACGUUUUUUCAUCAAAGGAUCAUAAAUCAGACAGACAGAGUCAAGUCAAAAUAUCGUUCGUACGUUAGCACAACUAGAAGGCUUUACUGAGUUUGAUCGCUUUUUUUUUCUAAUUUUACAUUGAGCAGCUCUCGUAAGUUCUUUUCCUUACGGCUGAAAUGACCAAUUAUUUGACAAAACCUAGAUGUAAUCAUUUAAAGAAGAAUUACCUCCAAUGACAUUUUACUGCUAUUAAUUGGAGACGUUUAUGAUUGAGGGAGGGUUCGCGAAGCCCAUUAGCGUCCAUGAUGAAUUGCACGCGCUACGCGUCGCUGAAAACUGUUAAUUGAAAAAUUUUAGCCAAUCUGAACAAUGACCGCUAAUGGUAGACUCUUCAUAUCUUUUCUUUUUAUCUUUAUCGUUUAGUCGAGGUGCAACAACUAAAGCAAAUUUUUCUCACAGCGCAAAUUUCAGCUGGUGAAAAUGAUAAGCGCUUUAGUGAAUAAAUUUCAACCCUCAAUUGAAACUUUUUAUGAUGGCAAUCAAUUUAUUUUUAUCUGUUUUACUUGGAAAAGGAACUCCUUCAGCAAUUACUGUCAACAUAACUUGUGACAGGAACUUAUAUUUGUACGUGGAUGGCAAAUAUUUGGGUGGCGAUGUUGCAGAUGCUAAACAAAAGCAUUACUUGACCAACGAAAUAAUGCCGCACAGUCACGUGGUCGCUGUACGUUGCACAGCUUCCACCCCACCCUGGCAAGGGGGUAUAUUGGGUUCAUUUGAGAACGGACUGGUGACUGACACAUCUUGGAGGUGCACCACAUCAGCUGAAUAUGGAUGGAAUAUGAGAAGUUAUCGCGAUGAUGAUUGGCCGAUGGCAACUUCACAUGGAGCUAACAGCCCUUCCACUUUUCCUUGGGGAAAUAUAGACAGCAUUGACAAAAAAGCUGCUUGGAUCUGGUCAAGCGACAACAAAAAUGAUUCUGAAGUUUUUUGUCGGCAUAAGCUUGUUAAAGAAUGCACAGAAGGUUUGUUAUUAUUCUAGAAAUUCGCAUCGACCAGACCAUUUUCAUUAACAGUCAUAAACUAACACUGACUGCAAACAAAAUGAAAACUUGAAGCAAAAAACAAGAAAACGAUGGUGGGGAAUCGAGAGGAACUAGGUCGCCAUUGCUAUGAGUUUUGCAUUUGAAUGAUUAGGAGGCUAGAGAAAAUUUCUUAAUCAAUCCAAGAGAAAAGUAAAAGUGGAACUAAGGCCAUGAAGAUCUCGGAUUUUUACAUUUUUAGGAAAUGGGUAGAUAUUAGCUGUCAUGGUUAAAUAACCUGCACAACUUUAGGUCAUGACAAAAAAGACCCCCUGCUACCUCACCCCCCCUUCCCCCUACCACAUGGUGUGGAGUGAAUAGGUCCAGCUGCCAAGAAAAUAAUAAUAAUGAUGAUAAUAAUAAUAAUAAUAAUAAUAGGGAUAAUAAUAAUAACGAUAAUAAUUCUAAUAACUUCAAUCGUUAAAAGAAUAAUUAAAAUAAGGCUUUAAAAUUACUUCCUUUUUUUCCACAGAAAAACAGAGUUACUUCCAGACACCAAAGUCUACCCGAGACAUUGCUAUUCAAGGCUUCCUUCUUCUUAAAGUAAGAGUGGCCGGUGUGAUUGAGUGCGGGCUCAAAUGUGGUCAAAACAGCGCAUGCGUAUCUUUCACGAUACAGAGUUCGGACAUUCGUGGAUCUAGGUUGUGUGAACUUCAUAAUGUCACGGCCGAGGGUCAUCCGCAAAGUGUUGUUAGGAAGGAGGGUUAUCAAUAUCACGAGGUGGUGCAGACAUUUUAUUAA